CGCCGCGCCCAAGCCUCGCGGUGUUUACGUGCGAGUUUCAGCUGGGUUUCCGUUUCCUGAGGUCGAGGCGUGCUGUUCCUUGAUCGGCUGGCUGGUCUGGUAUUUUGUUUUUUUUUUUUUUUUUUAAACUUUUUUUUUUUUUUUUUGUGUGCCGAGCGCUGUUGCAGGGAUGAUGAUGAUGGCGGAGCUGGUGCAGGGACAGGCCGCGGUGGCUCAGCCCGGAAUGAAAGGCGAUGGCUUCGCCGACGCGUUACACCGGGCCCGGCAGAUUGCUGCUAAGAUGGGCGGAGACCCUAUGACCCACAUGAAUAACUCCUCGCUGGUUGUAGACCCUUCUAUCUACGGCUACGGGGGGCAGAAGCGCUCCCUGGAGGAAGGAGGUAAGCUGGCUUCUGCGCUCGUCCAGCCCUGUGUCUCUCCCCUCGGAUGUUCUCCGGAGAUGGGGAGGUUUUUCGUAUCGUUACCAGAUGAAGUGGGUAACCAGCUCGGAGCAAUGGUACAUCAAAGGGCUAUUAUGACAGAAGACUACAAAGUGCCUGAUAAAAUGGUUGGAUUUAUUAUUGGCAGAGGAGGCGAGCAGAUCACAAGAAUUCAGCUUGAAUCCGGCUGCAAGAUUCAGAUUUCAUCAGAUAGCUGUGGCAUGAUGGAGAGGCCAUGUACAUUGACUGGUACUCCGGAAAGCAUUGAGCAGGCGAAGAGGCUGCUGGGCCAGAUCGUGGACCGGUGUCGGAAUGGACCCGGGUUCCACAGCGAGAUGGAUGGUAACAGCGCCAUCCAGGAGAUCCUGAUCCCUGCCAGCAAAGUGGGGCUGGUCAUCGGCAAGGGAGGGGAGACCAUAAAACAGCUGCAGGAGAGAACAGGUGUGAAAAUGAUUAUGAUCCAGGAUGGGCCCAUGCCAACAGGCGCUGAUAAGCCUCUCCGAAUCACCGGGGAUCCCUACAAAGUACAGCAAGCCCGAGAGCUGGUGGUGGAAAUGAUCCGGGAAAAGGACCAGGGAGACUUCCGUGGCGGCAGGAGCGACUUCGGAUCAAGGCUGGGCGGAAGUAGCUUGGAUGUGGCCGUGCCGAGGUUCGCUGUGGGAAUCGUUAUCGGCAGAAACGGAGAAAUGAUUAAAAAGAUCCAGAAUGACGCUGGAGUGAGGAUCCAGUUCAAACCAGAUGACGGGAUUAGUCCAGAGAGAAUUGCUCAGGUGAUGGGACAACCAGAUAGGUGUCAGCAUGCUGUGCACCUCAUCAACGAGCUUGUCCACACUGCACAGGCGGGACUGGAACCUGUGACCGUCUGGCUCAGAGGCGACAACGUCAUCAGACAGGUGUACAGACAGGAGCGGGAUGGUUUUGGAGGCCCUGCUGGUCCCAGAGGCAGGGGCAGGGGGCGUGGCGAGUGGAAUCUGGCUUCGCCAGGCGGACUGCAGGAAGUAACAUACACGAUACCUGCUGAUAAGUGUGGCCUGGUCAUUGGGAAAGGUGGGGAGACGAUCAAGAACAUUAACCAGCAGGCAGGUGCCCACGUCGAGCUCCAGAGAAACCCGCCUCCCAACACAGACCCCAACGUCCGGAUCUUCUCCAUCAGGGGCACCCCGCAACAGAUCGAGCUCGCCCGGCAGCUGAUAGACGAGAAAAUCGGGGGUUCGGGUCUUGGAGGCAGCAGUUUUGGUUUAAACCCUUUCACCCAAGGACCUGCUGCUACCCACCAAAAUGGACCUCAGACGUUCAUGGCGGGAGGAUGGGGAACCACGUAUCCGACGUGGCAGCAGCAGGGCCAGCAGGAUCCUAGUCACAAUGGACCCCAGACUGGCCAGGUGGACUAUUCCAACGCCUGGGAGGAGUAUUACAAAAAGCUAGGUCAGCAAAGCCAGGCUCAAAGCACAGGCCCAGACUACAGCAAGGCAUGGGAAGAUUACUACAAGAAGCAGAGUCAGGCCGUGGGUCCUGCCUCCCAGCAGAGUUCUCCACCUGAUUAUAGUGCAGCCUGGGCAGAGUAUUAUCGACAGCAAGGGACCUACUAUGGGCAAGGCACUCAGCCAACACAGGCCCCGGGCCUCCAGGAACAUUAGACGCAAGUCCCUUUUGUUGAAGAUUUUGGAAUCAUUGCAGAGAGGAAGAAAAAAAAAAACCUUUUCUAACAGAGGUUUCUAGAUUUGCAACGCCUUGAUUUGAAGACUUUUACUUUACUUUUUCUUAGUGAGAAACACUAGCUGUAGAAUGACUUAUAUGAUUAAAAAAAAAAAAAAAAAAAAAAUUGCAGAAUUUCUAAAUCAGGAACAUUUAAUUGUUACUAAAACUUGUGGACACAGUUAUAUUUGAAUGGACAAAUUCCGGGAUCUGUUUUGGGCUUAGAAAACUUUUGUGUUUUUGUUUUUUUUAAAGAGAAACUCCAAAAUGUACACCCGGAGUUGUAACAUUUCAGCAAAACGCAAUAUAAUCUAUUUUUUCUAGUUCUGUUGCAAUAAAAACUUAUUUAGGCUUAGCAGUCUUGAGUAAAAUUUGCUGAAUAUUUUUUAUUUGACAAAUGUUUUAAACAUGUGUACAUUUCUUGUGUAGGUUGCUUUUUUUUACCUAACAUUUUAAUUGUUUGUUCUUUUGAGAUGAAGCUGUGAUGUUUUGUUCAUGAAGAGGUGUUGCUUUGUUACAGGAUACCAUGAUUGGUGAUCGGCUGUCGAUUUCCUAAAUUUAAUUCCUGUCAUGCUAUAUUUUUCAAUGUAAUUUUUGUAUUCCUGGUUAAGAAAAAAAGGUGCAAUAUCUAAUUUCAGUUUGAAACAGAAGGAAGAAUUAUCCCCCUUUUUUUCUUUUGGACACUGGUAGCUCAAUUAUUUUUAGGUGAUUUUUUUUUUUUUUUUGAAGAUAAAUAAGCAAGAUUUAUGGAUUUUUAUUAUAGUGAGUUCAAGUGAAGUUAAAUUAAAAUAAAACAUUGAAUUUCUUGUAUUAAGUGCUGGCUUUCUGAGAUCUUCUUAAACCUAUACUUGUAUGCAAAUGGUUGAAUACAUUCUGUUUUUUUUAAAAUGCAAAGAGGAUGCUUUCACAAUCUGGUUUACCAUCUCUCUCCCUCCCAGCCUCCUCACCUAUUUGUUUUCAGUUAUCUGUGGGGUUGUGGUCCCCAAACACCUGUUCUGUCGUGUGUGAGAUAAUGUUAACAAUUUUGAAAUUUGAUGUUGCAUCUUUUUUGAAGGGACAAAAAAAAAAACAAGUCAGGUUGUCAUUUUGUUUGUUCUGUACAUUUAAUAUUCAAGACUGCUAAGCCUCAUUUGGAAUCUACCUGUGUAAUAAUUAAUAGUAGUUUUUAUAUUAAGUAUUAAGAGUCUGUUCUUGGUUUAUCCUAACCCCUCCCCUCCUCCUUCAGUACACACUGUGGACGUAUGUACAGUCCUAAUGCUAAUAACGUUUUAAUUCAUUAUUACUAUUCUUGUUGUUUUCUUACAGCUGUGUUUUGAUUCUAAUAUAUGUCUGAUUUAAUUAGUUUAAAUGAAUUUAGGUAUUAACUGCAUUGUGCUAAGAUUAAGUUGCUUAAUGAAAAGGGAUGUUAUGAUUUCAGAAUGUUUCAUUUUUAGUGGGUUAUUUUCUCUUGUGUGUGUACAGUUAACCAUGUAUUAAAAACCCCAAAGUGGA